AUGGUUGAAAAUGAAGUAUAUAACCGGGAUAUGAGAAUAGUGCGUAGCAGGGAACGGCUAGAUGGAAGGCCAACGCUUCGUUCAUUUUUUAAUAAGGAUGGUUUGCUAUUAAAAACAUAUGGUUGGAUAGUAAGAAAUGCGGUAGGCCUUAUAGUAUUAAUUCAUGGAUUAAAUUCACACACAAGGUUUUCAUUUUUGAGGCAUAACGUCCAUGUGUUUAAUAAUAGAGCAAUAUUAAUGGACGCAGAUAAUUAUUACAUUUAUAAAAAUAGCUGGAUAGAACAUUUUAAUAAAAAUGGAUAUUCUGUCUUCGGAAUAGAUUUACAAAGCCAUGGCGAAUCAGAAGGGUGGGAAAAUUUAAGUCUUAAUGUAAAAGAAUUUGAUGACUUAGUAUAUGAUGUGCUUGAAUAUAUUCAAAAAGUUCAAGAUGAUAACGCACGAUAUAUGAAUUAUAGUAGUAGCAGUUAUAGUAGCAGCAGCAGUAGAAGUAAUAGUAGCAGCAAUAGUAGCAGCAAUAGUGGCAGCAAUAGUAACAGUAACAGUAAUAGUAACAGCAGAGGCGGUGAGUCGCCUCGUAAUGAUAAUUCGGCCAACCGAAUGAUAGCACCCCUUCCAGUAUAUCUAAUUGGCCAAUCUAUGGGAGGAAACGUUGCUCUAAGAGCAUUACAGAUAGUCGGAAAAUACAGGGGACUUAAUCGAAGACUAAAUAUAAGAGGUUGUGUAUCAUUAUCUGGUAUGAUUGCUGUAGAAGCAUUAGGAUUACCAAGCUCAUAUAUAUAUAAAAGUUUCUUUAUGCCCUUGUCAAGAUUCUUGUCCGAUUUCUUACCAACAUUAAGGCUUUUAUGCGAAAUGCCUUAUAAAAGGUUUCAAUAUAUUCGUGAUAUAGGUCGAUUUGAUACAAUGCGUUAUAGAAGAGGUAUAACAUGCAGAUUUGCAUAUGAACUUUUAAAAGCAAUGGAUAAUUUAGACCAUGAUAUGAGAUUCAUGCCCAGAGAUAUCCCGGUAUUGUUUAUUCAUUCAUCGAAGGACAAAUUGUGCUAUCCUGGAGGCGUUGUUUCAUUUUAUAAUAGACUAAAUAUUCGUAAUAAAGAACUGCACAUGUUAAAUUAUAUGGAGCACAUGCUAACUAUGGAACCAGGAAAUGAAAGGGUCUUAAGUAAAAUUAUGAAUUGGCUUUACAACAUGUCAAGGCCGCAAAGAAUCACUGCUUAA